AUGUGUGAACACACAAAUAGGGAAGACAUCACAUCGUUUUAUCUGUCCUACAUAAUCAGUUUAGCCUAUUGGCAAAUUUACAAGACAUGUGAAAAGGCUAUGCAGAGAAGUGGAGGGUUCGAAGGUUCAGAUGAGUCACCACAUGAUAAGAACAAACAAGACAAGGUAAAAAAGGAACUCUGCAAAGCACAUCUUCUUGUGAACAAUAUGGAAGUGAUGGAACUGUGUAUAAAUUAUCUGUACGAGGAGGCAGUCGUCAGGAGCAUCCUCUCAAGAGACAUGUCAACAGGGGAGGAACAACACCAGGGACACAACGAAGUAGAUAAUCUGAAAUGCAUUCGAAUAAUGAAUAGCAAUGAAGAGUUGAGUUAUUACGGGACCUACCUGCACAAUUUGAAAAACUUCAUUCGAAUAAACGAAGUGACAAAUUUACAUGCGAGGGGUGAAAUUACCAAAACGGGGGGGGAAGAUGGCAUUGUUCAACAUUCCCAAAUGAGUCCCAUGAAAUGUCUCUCAGGUAGCAACACGUGUACCAAUUUAAACGUGUUCGAGACGGACACUUUGUUAUACAUUUUAAAAAUCACCUUAACAAGUCAUACAAUUUGUGAAGAUUGGAAGGGAAAAACGGAGAAAGAAAGGGAUGCAGAAAUGCCCGCCCUGGUUAGUUACCUAUAUCAGAAAGUAAAGAAAAAUUUGAAUCAUAUAUUUAUCACCAUGAGUGAUGCGAAGAAGAAAGAGUUUCUUGAAAGGUUGAUUGAUUUGUGCGUUGGUGGGGAUGCACACUUGUGCAUGUACGAUAAGGAUGGUAUGUUUGGAGGAAGCAUUGAAGAGACUUAUCACUUGAACAAUUUUGGUGGGGAGAAAUUCUCCUCACGUCUAAUGAACCCUCUUUUGUUGCUUUUCCUACCUGCCCUCCUGUCCAUCUACACACAAAUAGGAAUAGACCAUAUGCAGAAAUUAUUAAAAUUGUGCAUGUACAUUUUUUUAUUUAAUCUGCCCCUGGAGAGCUGCUCAUCCAACCGCGUUAACACCUGUGAGAAAAACUCAAAUGGAAAGGGCACCUAUUGGGAGGAUCUUACGAGAAGCGGGAAGAAUGCAAGUACACGCCCGUCACAAGAAUCCGUUUCGAAAUUUUUAGGCGAUAAGGGUAGGGAGCAUUUCAAGGAAGGGGAGGGGGAAGUCCCUUUUGGGGAUGACAACAUUGUAGGAGAUUGUCUUCUCCACCUAGAUCGUGCCAAUUUGGAAAGUGUGCAUAAAUGCGCUCUACAGAUUGUAAGCAUCCUCGUGCAUAACUGGAAUGGCAUUCACAAAAUGGUGAAUUUUAUUUUAGCCCCAUUUGAUUUGGUCGACGACAUUGCGAUAACGUUAAGUGGUGCACUAUCUUUUAAGCGCUUCAUCGACCUGUUCGCAGCGACGUAUGAGGCGUUUAUACGGAGGUGGGAAAAAGGUGCAAAGGGAGGAUCAGUAGCAGCCGUAGCUGCUGAUUCCAUGGGGGAAAAACCACCCAUGGUAGGUAAAUCCCCACUGGUCCCCCUUCUGAACAAACUUUUCGAAGCCCCUACAUGGGACCCAUCAAGCGAGUUGUUCUAUCUGUUAGAUUAUAUUUACUUUGGCGAAGAGGACCCCGAGAUUUCCAAAAUAUUUUACAGUAAAGGUAAUAAUAAACAUAGCUGGGGAGAAGAAGGGAGUUCGAAGCGGAUUGAAAUUCGCUUACUAGAUAGAAGGUAUUUGAAGGGUGACAAUCGGGAGGGGUCCAGUCCAGGCGAGCUGAAGUUUGUAAACUUUUGCCCCAACGAAGAGGGAACAAUCAGGGUAGCCAAUUUGAAAGGGGUGAUGCGCUUAGCAGGGGGUCAGUCGUCCAAUGGGGGUGGCGAAGAGAUUGGAGAGAACAGCAACAGUAGGGACAGAGACGAGGGAAACUUUUUCCUUCGCCGCUACUUCCUCCAUUUCUUCGUGCAGCAUUUCUCCCUCAAUUACGAUUUGACCAUCCACCUGUUGAAGCAUAGCUCAGAAGAAGCGUUAGAGGAAAAUCUGCAUCUCGUAUGCAACAGCGUAGCAAGUGCUUCACUUCCUGAGCACAAAUUUAAGCACAUGUUGAUAUGGCAUUUCUACCUGUACCCUUCACACAUAUAUAGCCACGUCUACUCAAUCAUUCAUAACAUAAACACAAGGCUUUUGUUAAGCGAAGAGAAUUACAACUGUGUGUCGUUUAAACCCAGCGAUGCUUUCCUGACCUUGUGUAGAGAAAAUUUGUUGAACUUUAUUUGUACCUUGUAUAAUUAUGUGUACUUGGUUGAUGUGACUGAAAAAUUUAUUUCCAUUUCGGAAUUCAUUUGGUUCAUGGAGAGGGAAAAGUUCUCCUUUUAUUAUUCUCUCCCCUUUGACGUUAUCAGAAGGGAUGAGAAGACGCUAACCUUUUUGGAAAAACUGAGCAGCUAUUUGUUCUGUUAUGAGGAGAGCGACAAGGGCAUUUCGAAAUCGGUAGUGGUUGGCACUGAGACAAUGGACCAAGUGAAAAGAGAGAACAAAUCAGAUGAACACAUGUCCUAUUCUAUCUCACCAGGAAUGAUCAUCAAUGUGGAUGCGUCUUGUGAAGAGGUGGAAGAAGAAGAAGGUGGUAGUUAUCCACGUAGGGGAGAUGUAGCAGAUGGGCAUUCUUCCAAAGGUAGAGACUUCCUGUCCUUUUUACAAGAACGGAAAGAGAAUAGGAUACUAAAGUAUAACUGCAGGUACCUCUGCUUAAUCCACUUGGCGUCCAUUGUGCUGCUACACACACCCAUGGAAGAGGCACUGCAGAAAUAUUAUAACGUCAUGGAGAUAUGCAUCCUGAAAGGAAUAGGUAAAUUUUCGAAUUUUUUUAUAAGCAAAGGGGAGUACAGAAGCAGCAACAAGAGGUACAUUAACGGGGUGUUGCGGAGUAACACGGAGCUCGUUCGUGUUUUGUUUGGUGAUGGGGUGCACGGCACAGGUAAUAGAGGGGGAGGCCAUGAAGUUAUGGGUGAGCAGCUAAUUGGUAGGGAAGUGGUAUCACUACUUUUGGUGCUGGCCUUGCGCCUUCUCUAUCUCAUAAUGAACCUUUUCAAUUUCGUGUUGGCGCAUGAGGGGCAGAUUUGGGGGUCCCGGGAUGGGUCAUCCGUCAGAGGAGCGCCGCCGAAAGGCACUCUUGAGGAGAAUGUCCAAUUUUUAUUGUCGUACAAAUGCCGUCUGGUGAAGAGCCUGCUCAAAUUAAUCGUAUCUGUUCCUCUGCCUUUGGCUAGGUAUCAGUGCGCCUGCAUUUUUUAUGUCAUUUCUUUUUUAAACUACAAGUCUUUUCUACCCUAUGAUGUCAUCCAGGACAUUAAGUGGUACUUGUCCAUCGCGUCCGUGGACCCGCAUAAGAAGGUCAGGAAAAUGGUGGUGCUCUGCAGAGCCAGGUGGAUGUAA